AGGCCCAACAUCUCCAGGAAUAUAUUUUGAUGUAUUUUUGGAGCCUCUUAUAGAGGAGUUGCUUGCAUUAUGGGAGGGUGUCACAACAUAUGAUGCAUUCAGUGGUGACAAGUUCAAGCUUCGUGCUGUUGUAUUAUGGUGCAUACAUGAUUACCCUGCAUUGAGCACAAUGUCUGGGCGGACUACAAAAGGAUAUUAUGCAUGUAUUCAUUGUGACAAAAACCCACUAUCACGGCCACUAAGAAUAAGAUUGGUUACCUAGGGCAUCGUCGAUACCUUCCAUUGUCUCAUCGAUGGCGAAGAAGCUUGGCCUUUGAUGGACGCCAUGAGAAACAGACUGAGCCAGGAAAAUUCAGUGUGGAGGAGGUGCGAAGAGAACUACAAAAGGUUAAAGAUGUGAGGCCAGGUAAACAGGACACAAUGAAGAAAAGAAAGCGUGAAGGGAAUGAAGGACCCAAGAUUUUCAGUCGUUGUAGCAUUCUGUGGAAGCUCCCUUACUGGGAAGACUUGCUGGUGCCACAUAUUCUUGAUGUGAUGCAUAUCGAGAAAAAUAUUUGUGAUAACAUUAUAGGAACAUUGCUCCAAAUUGAGGGGAAAUCAAAGGAUACUCAUAACGCUAGGCUGGAUUUGUAUGACAUGGGCAUAAGACAUGCCUUGCACUUACAGGAAGAUGGAAAUUCAGUUCGAAUGCCUCCAGCUUGCUAUGUUUUGAAUAAGAAAAAUAGAAUUGGGUUCUGUAACUUCCUAAAGAGCAUCAAGUUUCCACAUGGGUAUGCAGCCAACCUAUCAAAAUGCAUAAGUGGUGAUGGUAGUAAGGUACAGGGGCUGAAAACUCAUGAUUGUCAUGUGCUGCUACAAAGAAUUAUACCAGCUGGGCUUCGGGGAUUUGUGGAGAAGGAAGUAUAUGAAACCAUUGCAGAACUUGGAAAGUUCUUCAAGGAAUUGUGUAGUAGAAAUCUGAGGAAAGAUGUCAUAACGCGGCUGAAAAGAGAUAUCACAUUGAUCAUAUGCAAGCUUGAGAAGAUUUACCCCCCGGCAUUUUUUGAUGUGAUGGUGUACUUGCCUAUCCACCUACCUGAUCAGAUAUUGCUCACAGGACCUGUACAAUAUGGAUGGAUGUACCCAAUUGAGCGGCGGAUGGGUACUUUCAAGAAUUCAAUGAGGAAUAGGGCAAGACCUGAGGGUUCAAUUGCUAAGGCAUAUGUGGCUAAUGGUACCUUGUCAUUUUGUUCAAGGUACAUUGAGGAUGUGGACACUAGGUUUAAUCGGGAUGCCCAUGUAAGUAGCGAGGAUGGAUAUCUUGAAGAUGACACCUCUGUUUUUAGGCACGGUGUCAAACUCAUGGGAGCAAACAGGGUCCAGUACAUGGAAGAGGAAGAGAUGGAGAAGGUAGUGUGGUAUGGUCUAAAUAACUGCGAGGAGGUUGAGCCAUAUGUGCACUCGUUCAAAGAGGAGUUAGAGAGAGAUGGAGGUCAUGAUGUUGACAAAAGGCUUCAAAAAGAAUUUCCUAAGUGGUUUAACAACCAUAUCAGGGAGCUUAGAAGACAAAAACCGUAAGAGGUUAGCGAAGGGUUGUAUGCAUUGUCAUGUGGACCUGAUCUUCGAGUCAAGAAAUGUGCGUCUUGCAGCAUAAAUGGAAUUCAUUAUAGCACCCUAGACCGUGAGAAGUUCCGGCAGACACAAAAUAGCAGAGUCAUGACUGAAGGUACACAUGAAGGGGCAACCGUUGAUUUUUAUGGUGUCCUUAGGGAGGUAAUUGAGCUAGAGUAUAACUCCAAUCUAGAAAGCCGCCGGACUGUUGUUCUGUUCCGUUGUGAUUGGUACAAUCAUGUUGGGAAGACAAGAGGGGUCAGAGAUGAUGGACACUUCAAAUACAUCAACAUCGAGUCACUAUGGUACAAAUCUGACCCUUUCAUCCUAGCAGCUCAAUCGAAGAAGAUAUUUUACUUGCCUGAUACAGCUUUGGACAGAGAUUGGCGGAUUGUGCAGAAAUUUGAACAUAGGGAUAUUUAUGAUGUGCGCGAAAAAGAGGCUCGCCACGGUGAGGUACACCAAGAUGAUAGUUGUUCUGAUACAGAGCGUGAAGUUCAAGAAUUUAAUGUUGAUGGAGACCUGCACAUGGUACAAGAUGAUGGAGAAGUCACUAUUGUUGAAGGUAAUUUAGGCGACCUAAUAGCAAGGAACAAGAAGGCGACCAUGGAAGGGAUUGAUGAUGAAAUGGAGGAAGAUGACAUCAUAUUGCAGUACUGCAGUGAUAAUGGCAGCAUGGAAGUCGAUGAUAUCGAUAGUGUAGACAGCGAUGAUGAUUGAUCCACUAGCCUAUUUGUGAAACUGUCAUGUACAUCAAAUUUGUAUCUGUCAUGUUUAGGAGGCUAUCUGUGAAACUGUAAUGGAUGUGAACCUGAGACUUAAUUUGCACAUGGUUGCAACAUGUCCUACUUAUUUGAUUAUGUGUUCAUA